UAUCCGUUCGCCUCUCCACUGUCAAUAUGUCGUCGGUGACGGCGUCGCCGCCUCCGUUGCCAGCCAAGGCGCCGGGCCCAGAGGUCUCGGGGGACUCCACAUGCUCUCCUCCUCUGCAUGCAGCUUCUAAGGCGGCCCCGUCGUCACUCAGAGGGGAUGUGACGGCGUCUGGUACUGCAUCUCGUUAUUUGCAGAGUGGCGACAAGGAACGGAGAAGUUAUACGGGUCGAGGUGUCGCCUUGCCUGAGGCUACAGCGGGCAGCCAAGAGGCUGAAGCAGGAACAGCGAGUCCGCUGUCCCCUGCUGCUUCGUCUCCAGAGUUUUUGGUACCACGGAUGGCGACGUCGUCGGUGUCGACUACUGGGGAGGCGUUUGCGUCGUCGUCGGGGACCGUGAAGGCCUCGGAUUCGCUCGAUUCGUCGUGUCGCACCUCCACGUCAUCUUCCGCAGAGUCGGCGACGCCGUUACCUUCGGCAUCCGCAGAUGCAUCUCCAUCGGCGUUUUCGUCCUCUCCGACGCUCGAAACGGGCAACGGAGAUGCGUCUCAACAUAUGUCAGCUGUCCAUGGUGCUCAUAUGCUUCCCCCGGACUACCGCACUGCUGUGGACCGGGUCGUCCUUGCAGAGGUCCUGCACGGCUUCGACUGCGUUAGAGGCGAACUCUUUUUGAACGAGGAAGAGAAACAUAGCAUUCAGCGUGUCUUACAGCCGUUUAAUUUCCGUUUCGUUCCAGUCGUUUCGAAGUCGCAAGCGGUGGGCCCUGGUGGAAGGCGCGGUUUCUCUUCCAAGCGGAGCGCGUCGGGGGCGGGGCCGUCUCGGCGUCUCACUCAGGAAGUCCAGCGGCUUCAGGAGGCAGCAUGCUCUUUCGCGGCUCUCCCGCGGGGCAAGAGAAGGCAGUCGAAGGCAAACAGUCGGUACCAGGAUGAUGACACCAGCAGCGCUGUUGGCGACAGGGUGGGAGACUCGGAAGCCUCUGCAGGUCCAAGUGGGAACAGUCGGAGUGCCGACGGAGCUGAAGGCGGGUCGCAGUUCCUCUCUGGUGGCGACUUUUGGAUGGGGCCUCAUGCUCCGCACACAGCAGCGUCUCCAGGGUCGGGAGGAGAGAAGACAGUGUCUGUCGUCAGCGACGACGCGUCGACAGUUAGCAGGAGCAGUAGGGUGGGAGGAAAGGGUGAAGGCCGAAGAGGUGGGGGGCGCAGAAGUCGACAUCACGGCGGCGCAGGCGAGGGCAGGAACAAGUGGGGCGGCGCUUCCGGAAGAGGCAAGGGUGACGAUGCGGACCACUGCGACUCACUUGACGACGGCCGCUCGGCCACAACUCUUUCUGGAAGAGGUAGGAAGAGAAAGGUGAGGCACGAACGGUACGACGUCCUCGCUGAGCAGGGCUGGGAUGAGGACGAGAAGGACGAUCACAAACUCCGGCGAACGUCGAGAACGACCAAGGGUGGUGAAGCUGGACUUUCUUCAGGUGCGUCGACCGCAGCCUCGGGAUCGGAAAGAAUUGUCUUCACUCCCAUUCUGCGGUCGACGCCGUGGAGAGAAAGUUGCAUGCUGAUUCUCCAGCAUCUGAAGCGCUACACCGCAGCACGGUGGUUCCUGGCUUCCGUCGACCCGGAGCUAGACGGCGUUCCAGGGUACCUCGAUGUCGUUUCGCGACCGAUGGACUUCGGGACCAUCGAACAGAAGCUGCGCGCGGGACCUCGGGUGUACAUCCACCCGUCCCAGUGGCAGCAGGACGUUCGCCAGGUAUUCUUCAACGCCUUUUCUUUCCACCCCGUGAACCACGAUGUGUGGCAAGACGCAGUGAUUCUGGCGGCGGAGUUUGAGCGAUGCUGCCGCCAAACGGACCAGGUGAAUCCGUACUUCACGCCCGCCAUGGCGCCGUCCGGCACAGGGGGUCAGCAGGGAGAUGGGUCCGACCGCUCCGCGUUUUCGAAUGGGAAUGCCGAGCCUAAUGGAGCGGCAGCGUUCGCUUCUGCUGUGUCGGGCGGCGCCUCCGGCGCAGGCAGAGCCGCGGGUGGCAGGUGGGCGGGCGCUUCGCCGUACACGCCGUACUAUGGAGUCUCCGCAUCUGCUCCAGCGGCUCAGGCGGUUCACGAAAAUUCGUGGGGCAGCUCGUCGGACGUUGGUGCGGACGCCUCGGCAAGCACGGCAGGUCGCAGCGGUCGCGGUCGGGCGCGGCGCCAGCAAGCGCAACCGUUUGAAACCUCUGCGCAUGUCUCCGAUCCUUACUACGGGAGCGGGUAUGGAGGGACAGCCUCGGCUACUUCGGGAAGAGGUCGGGGCAGGGGCGCCGGCGCUUCGGGCGUGGGUUCCCCUCGUCGCCGCGGCCGUGGUCGUGGAGCUGCAGCGCAGCUGCUCCAGAGGUGCCACACUUGGGGUGAGAUGUCAAAAAGUGGGCCGUUCCUGGGGGGCCAUCAGGCAGGGGGACGGGGCGGCCGCGCCGGAGUGGCCAUGGGCGCCGCAUUCGGCGGCAUGUGCCCGUACGGGGCUGGCGCCCCAGGCGUAGGGCACGGCGGGGUGCCAGGAACCCAGGUAGGGAUGAACGCGAGUGCCGUCGAUGCGCAGCAGGCGUACAUGGAGCUGGAUGCGCCGCCCAACGCUCCUGUGCUGCCUCCGCCGCCUGUGCCUAGAAUCGGCGUGAAUGAUAAGCCGCUCAGCGCGAGCCAGAAACGGGUACUAGAGCAGAACAUGACGCGCCUAUCUUCCCUUCAGAGGAAGGCGGCUCUCGAGCUGAUUCAGGACGACCUGGGAAUCCUGGCGGCAGAGUAUAUGGAUGAGAAGGAGUUUGCGUUCGACACAGAGCUUCUGUCGAUCGAGAAACAGAAACGUCUUUUUGCCUACGUGAACUCGAUGGUACGAGCGAACCGGGAGCUUUGGCGGCAACAACAGGAGGCUGUGAAUCUAGCAGACCCGAGUUUCCGCGCCCAUGGCGCUGUGGGGCCCGUCGCGGUGGCGGGAGUGUCUCCGUAUCCUCCUGCGGUCGGAGACGGGGCUCCAAGCGAUGUGGGGAAGGGCCACCAAGGCGGCAGGAGGGGAAAGAAGAAGAGGGAUGAUAGAAGCGGACAGGGCGUAAGAGGGGACGACAGCGACAGCAGCAGCAGCGAUAGUGACAGUAGCUGCAGCAGCAGCAGUUCGUCGUUCUCGGACAGCUCGUCGGUGUCCAGCUCUGACAGCGACGACAGCGACGACACAGACGAUGAGAAGACAGACGCUAGCGCGGCUGAGAAGAAACAGGUGUAUCCUUCCCCAGCGAUUUCUGUUGAGAAUUCAUCUGCGAAGCCGAGCAAUCAAGAAGGUUCUGCAGCAAGCAGAGAGAUAGAAGUCAACAGUCCCCGUGCAUCGGGACCUGGUUCAAGUCACCCGACUGCCGGUCCCGGCGUUGGGGCUGGUCUGCCGUCGUCGGUAGCCGUAGGGGCGCGAGAUGGAGCGGAACUAGCGGCGCCGGUAGGUAAUGGCAGUGUCGACAACUCAGGGCGACAUGGCCAUGGCCCAGUCGUGUACCCGACUGAGGCGGGUCCGAAGACAGGAAAUGAGCGAGAGAGCCACACGCCGUUGCCGCGAGGAGACGGAGAAAGGAAAGGGGAGGAAGUUGCUGCUCUGGGGUUGAGUAAGGAUGAACCGUUACCCACUCAAGAUGGGCGAAGAGAUGAUCUGGAUGGUGAACACCGAGAAGAGGGUGAGGUCGAGGCAGCAGGUAACACGGGGAGAGAGGAAGGGCGGAUCGCGGAAAAUGUUCGGCAUUCGGCAGGCACUGCUCGGGUAUCAGGAUCCGCCGCGGGUGGAAGAUCUGCUGGUGGCUUGCCGCAGUACACUCCCGUGUGUGAAGAAGAGGGGUCUGACGAGAUUCGAGAAGAAGUGAUGGGCAGACAUGCCGACUUCUUUGGCACAUUCGACAGUCAUCCACCUGGAGAAAACAGCGAAGAGUCUGUGGGCACUCAGGGUAUGGCCGCAACAGAGGCGAAACCCACCGCUUGGAAAGAAUGGAAAGGCCAAGUUAUUCAGCAGGGCUUCGUUGCUCAGCGUGCAUAUGCUACUCAAGACCGUAACGUGAAUGAAAUUAUCGCUGAAGGCUACGACGCUCGCAUUUAGGGUGCGGAAAACUGAACCAUUUGGCGAAUUUGUUUCUCCCCCGAGUGUGCCGCUCUGGCGGGUGUCCGUUCCUACCAAAGAUUUUUUUCUCUUUUCGGAAGUGUCUUUACCCGCCCAACUGUGGUUCGCGAGGCGAGUCAAAUUGUGGUCCGCCUCCCGGGGUACGACGUGCGUUCCCGACGAUGUGAGCGUCCGCACAUUUUUUUUUCAUUCGUACGUUAAACUCCGCUGCACACCAGCACAUGCACCUACAUGUACAUUUAGAGAUGU